AUGCAAAACCUGGAACAGUUACACAAAAUGAACGCACACUUGAAAGAGGCAUUUACACGCAUAAAGCCAAUAUGCGACAUGGUGAUGGUAAAUCCAUCGCCGGAGCAUAUAACAGCAUUUGCAGCACUGGUAGGAGAGCUGAAGAUGGAGAUAAUCCAGGAGCUGCAGCAGUAUAUGCUGUUUCCGUUUAUCACACACUUACAGUCUAAAGAAAUGGAAACAAAAUAUGAGAUGCAAAGACUGUUAAUAGACAGCAUGCGGGAAGUGCUGCAGAGGGUGUGUGUGACGAGUUUUGAGAUGUGCAUGAAGAUUGAAAUGGGCCUUUUGAGUCUCGUGUUUGAAAAACCGAAGCCAGGAAUGAUUGCGGAUGUCCCCGAAGAACUUAAACUAAGUGUGAUGCAGUGCUUGACGGUGUUGAUGUUGCAUAUUGAUCAGCCAACGAGAGUGAAAAUGCUGGAGAAUCAGGUGCCGUUGUUGGCUCAAGCUGUGUUUGUGUCAGUCCACCUCGCAAAGUUAGAGAAACUUAGGAGCUUGAGAUUAGCUGCCAUAACGUGUCUGUGUGCGCACACGGGCUGCCACCCUCAACAGACAGACGCGCGUGGUCUAGUACCAGACCCUGCUAUAGAGACGGCUGUGUUAGGGCUGCUAGCAUGCAUCUUGCCCGGCGUGCUGGCUGCACUACAGGAUGUAGCCAUGAGUGACAACCCUGGACAUGCAGUUGUUGUUGCGGCAUUGAAUGCAACUCAUCGUGUUCUUUGCCUCACGAUGCACAACAAACACUUGGCGACCAAAGAAACGAUCACAGCCGAUGACUUCGUGGCCAUGUUAGCUGAAAAGGCCAAGCCCUCCAAUGAUGUAAGCAAGGAGAGCAUCAGAGAUAGUCGGCUAGGUGCGAUCAUAGCCGCAAGAGAUUAUCACUCGCUAGCCGAGUUCAUACGAUCUGGUAGGGACCAAACGGACCCUCCCAGGAGGGAGAGAAAGAUUCCAAAACAAAAAAAGAAUAGGAAUCAAAAUGCCAACCAAAAAAACGUUAAUUACAUGGAAAGGCUCGGCAGCUAUGAAAGAACUCCGAAUACUUCACAGAAUGCAGCGAAGGCACCUCGCGAUAUUCCCAAGCGGACAUCUGAAUGGUACACGAUGGCCGGGGACAAGCUGGCCAUAGUCAUCAAGAGUCUCAUACCGCUCGUGUCUCACGAACACUUCAAAGUGAGGAAGGAGCUGGCCAUACUCUGCUAUAGGAUCAUAUCAGAGUGUAGUGCCACCAUGCAGCCAUCCCUGCCGAUGUCUCUGGACGUAUUAAUCUCCCUCUGCCACGACUCCUACCAGGAGGUAUCAGAUUACUGUGAAGCGGCGUUGAAAGCACAAUUUUCAAACCCCGAGAGAGAAACUAUGGACAGUCUCUGUGAGAACUUCUUCGCCACCAUCAACUGCCUGCCGAGAAUUAUGAAUAAUAUUGAUGAGAACCGCAAGCUGUCCGCUUUAAACCUGAUUGCGGGAUACCUCACCAUCCUGUGUGACGGGGGCCGGCCGCAGCGCCUCACGAGCCUGCUGACGGCCAGCGACGGGUUCGACCGCGUGUGUGACGCGCUGCUCGCCACGGCAGACAUGUACACCGACCUGUCGCUGCUCGCACGACCCGCGGGCGGAGACAUCACAGGCCUCUCAUCAUGUGAGUUAUCUGGUCCGUGUCCAUGGCGUCGCCUGCGUCACCUCUCCCCAGCGGGAGGUCAACAGCUGCAAGGUCUGCUGGCGUCGUUCGGCGCUGCGGAGUGCGCGGAGCUGAUGCUGGACAGACUCCUGGAACUGUUCCACGAGCGACGAUCCUGCGACCUUAUAUACAUCAUCAACUAUCUUGGAUCAGGUCCAGAUUCGAACCCGGACCUCGCCCGUCGCAUCAUCAGCGUGUAUAUAACAGAAGACGUGUGGUACCAGCCGCUGGAGGUACAGAGCGGGGAGAAGCCGCUGUCAGCGGACGAGACGCUUGAUGAGAGUGUGUACAACCCGCGGGCUUGGACUAGGGACUCUGUACCUGGUCUAUUCGAGGGUGCUAUCGAGACUCGCUUCACGGACAUCAGCUCGACCCUGCCGCGGGUCAGACUCGAACCCAACACGUGUGUGACCCUUGGACACGCGCGGAGGAACCUCACCAUGAGCUGCCUGCUCACUGAAGGCUUGGGGCUGAUGGCGCUGAGACUAGGACCCGACUACCAGCACUACCUGCUGAAGACUCUGUGUCUGUUGUUGGAGAGAGUCGGUAGUCGGUACCCCCCUCUCCGGUCGUCGGGUCUGAUCGCCCUGCAGCACGUGGCAGCGGCCACCGACGCCAGUGACGUCACGGACCUCAUCGGCAGGAACGCGGACUACUUCACUAGCCAGGUCACCGGACGGCUUAAGAAGGCUUGGAACACACAGUCGGCCCUACAGAUAUUAUCAGUGGUUAUGGAGUACAGUGACGUCACUAUACUGGACUACUUAUACGGGAUAGUGGAGGACGUGUUAGUGCAGAGCUGCGACCAGUACUACGAGAAGAAUCUGUAUUCAUAUCUACAAGUGUUCCUGACCUUCAUAAACUGUAUACGGAAAUGGUUCCUGACCGAAGAGACGGUCAAGAGGAAGGAGAGUCACGCGCUCGAGAUAGACGUGCUGAAGGACGUGAUAGAGUUCGCUCACAACAAGGAGGAGGUGGAGAGGUUGUUGACCUCGAGGGAGUUGGAGGAGGAGACGGGGAGGAGUGUGGAGGAGAUGUACCGCGAGGACCUGCAGAGGAGGGAGGAGGAGCUGCUGGACUAUGACGAUACUGUGACGCAGGAGGCGGCCCCGCUCCCUCAGCACGUGCGCGUCACUAUCACCAUACUGAAGCGCUGCGUGCACUUCGUGUCUUACAAGAGGCGGGACGAGGCGCUGGUUGCCAUGGAAACGCUGGAGCGAGGUUUAGUGCUGCUGAGGGGACACGACGACCAGCUGCUGCCGCUCGUGCACCAGCUGUGGGAGCCGCUGGCGGUCAGGCUGCAGCACGAGCCGCCGCUAGCCAGGCAGGCGCUCAGGCUGCUGGCGCUACUGGCGGACCUGGCUGGGGAGUUUGUUAGGGAUAGGGUUGUUAAGGACGUUCUCCCCCGCGUGUGUUCUCUGCUCCGCUCGUGUUCCCGCCGCAGCGUGUUAGCGGACGCGGGCUCCUCGUACCGCCUCACCGCCUCCUACUCCCUGCAGCGCUCCGCCCUCGAGGCGCUGGGCCCGCUGGCCGCCAACGUGGGGCUCCGGGCCGCCACGCUACAAGACGCUCUGAAGGCCGGGGCGCUCUACCUACACAACAACCAACCCAAACCUCUACAGCUGUUGGCGGUGAAGUUCUUCAAGGACAUGCUGGAGUACGACUACGGCAGCUCGUGGCAGUUCCUCCGCCGGCUGGCCAACAACAAGCUUCAACUAACUCCGCCCGCGUGCCGCUUCGUGAGCCUGCAGACAGUCACCGGCUCGCCCUACGAGUCCACUGACCCGCACUACGAUAACAACAUCAAACUCAUAUUCUACGUACACAAGUGA